AUGGCCAGGAGCGUCCUGAACACCUUCCAGCACAUCUUCGCUCAAAUCUCGAAUGCCUCAGAAACUGAUCUAGUUCACAACGUGGAUCUUUGCCCACCGGCGGACCGAAAAUUGAUUCAGGGGUUUACAAACACCGUUUCCCCGGUAAAGCAGAGAUGCCUGCACGACUUGAUCAUCUAUCAGUGCCGACAACGUCCAAACCAAUUGGCAAUCCGUUCAUGGGAUGGUGACAUGACUUAUGCAGAGCUCGAUGACCUCUCGUUGAGGCUCGCAUCUCAUCUUGUUACACUUGGCGUUCGUCCAGAAACCUUUGUUCUAAGCUGCUUCGAGAAGUCCACUUGGGCAACUGUUGCUCGACUGGCCAUCUUGAGAGCAGGCGGGGCGUAUAUAUCCAUUCAUGCGAGCAACCCUCCCGCUUACCUCGAUUCUGUCAUCAUCCGCACCAAAACCGAGAUCAUCCUGACAGAUUCGUAUUUCGCGGACAAUUUCCGCCAUGUGGUCCCAACGCUAGUGGAAUUGUCUUCCGCGUGGCUUCGAAGUCUGCCCAGACCUACAGACGAAACAGUCUGUAAGGAUGUCCGACCUGACAACGCAUGUCUGGUCCUCUUUACAUCUGGAAGCACCGGCACACCGAAAGGCAUCAUACAGAUCCAUUCUUCCUACGCCACGGCCAUCCAGGAUUACGCGAACAAUUUCCACCUGAGCACACAGACACGAUUUCUCCAUUUCGACGAUUAUGCAUUCGACAUCAGCAACCUUGAGUUCUUAGUUCCACUCAUCCUCGGUGGUGUUUGCUGCGUUCCGGGGCCCAUGAAGACUGUGGAAGACCUUGCAUCGCAGAUCCGCAUUCUAGAAGCCAACAUCAUUUUCCUCACGCCUACUGUCGCUAUCAAGAUGGAGCCCAAGGACGUUCCCGGUCUCGAAAUAAUGUGUGUCGGCGGCGAAGCACUCACAAAGGAUCUUGUUCAAAAAUGGUCUGGCCACUCCACUCGACUGGUCAAUCAAUAUGGUAUGGGUGAAGUGGCUGUAUGCUGUGCCUACAACGAUCAGGUUGAUCGCCGUGAAGGUUCCAGAAUCGGUCGACCUUCGAGCGGCGCCAUCUGGAUUGUUGACUCCUCCUCUCCAGAGAAACUUGUCCCUAUUGGCGGAGUCGGCGAGAUCAUUAUCGAAGGUCCACAUCUCUCACGAGGAUACAUCGACUCAACCGCUCUCCGCCGCACUGAGGCUGGCUUUCUGAAAGUCAUUCCCCGCUGGCUAAGUGAACUGCAUCCAACCCGUUCCCAAUACCGCAUGUAUCGCAGUGGCGAUCUAGGCCGAAUGAGCCCUGAUGGUACUAUUACCUAUCUCGGCCGGAAAGACACGAUUCUCAAGUUGGAUGGCUGCCGUGUUGAUGCACUCGAGGUCGAGCAUCAAGCUCGGAAGUUCUUGUCUGAUAAAGAUUUUAUAGUGGUCGAUUUGUUGGGUACGAUAGAUGGACGAGCGGAUCCAUCUCUCACAGCGUUCCUCUACCUCGAUGAUCAUCCCUUGAGUGCUUCUGCUGUCACCGGACAAGUCCCGUCACUUCACGAUGCCACGAGCAACCAGCAAGCGAAGGAAAUGGUCGAGAGGAUACAGAGGGGCAUCGGUCUCAGCCUCCCACGGUAUAUGAUCCCUACGAUGUUCAUACUGAUGUCAUGGAUCCCACGUACGGCGAGCAAAAAGCUCGAUCGCAAAAAGAUGCAUGUACUUGGGCAGACUUUCUAUUCAAGGGUUGCAGAAGAAUGGACGAAAGACAAGAACUACGCGAAGAGAAUGAGGGUGCUACCAAUAUCAAGUUAG